GAUUGUCAUCCGUUGUAAUGAAAACUCGUCGUGUAAUUUCUUAUUAAUACUUAAAAAAAAGUGAAUUAAAAAAAUUAAAUACUCUUUGGAAAUCGAACUGCGCGGAAGCUGAUGACCUCCGGUCCGCUGGAUUUGCGCCUUUUCGCCACCUGCCGCUACACGACGUGCCUCAUUCGCUCCGGCACACUCCGCCGAGCGAGUUGGCUGAAUGAUACAUAUUCCGCCGCUUCGAAUAAUAAAAAAUACGAUAAAAAAAAAUAAAAAAAUAAAGUGACUUUAAAAUAAAUAACAACCAGUGAUAGCAAUUGAGUUCCAUUUUCAAAUUCGAAAUUUCGAACCAUUCCUACGUCUGUGAUACAAUGGGCCGUAAACCAGUGUUGUGACAAAAACUUAUGUGGCGUGUAACAUGAUGUCUCGCGCGUCGGUAUUCAAAACAGUAUUUUAAUUUGCCUACCUUCACCAUGACUAAAUACAAACUUAACAAUACGAUCCGAUCGUCGUCGGAGGUGACGUUGACGGCUUACGUGCCGGGGAGCGUGGAGAACACGAAGAAAGAUGAUAAAGUGUACGAUUUACCGAUACUGGACACCAAUCAGAACGAUAAUGUAGUGAGUGAAGCGAAUCGCAAUCUUGACUCGAAGAAGUGUCAUGUGUGCCCUCAUUCGUGUGAGUUCGUGAAGAAUUCGGACAAGCUGGCGGCGUCGCUGGUGAAGGCGGAGUGCGACAAGUUCGGCCUGAACGAGCUGAAGGUGGAAGGUCUGGAGCAGGCGGUGUGCCUGUGCGAGCGGUACAACGGUGGGUGCAAGCUAUGCCCGCGGCCCAGCCUCGCGCCCACGCUCACGCUCAGCCUCGACGGCAAGGAGUCCUGCCUCGCCUGCCACAAGUCUACAUGCGCUUCCAUUUAUUCCAAUUCGAACGGCGCGUACCCAAGCAGCGCGUUCACGAAGAGCAACCGUGAUGGAUGGAGACGUGAUGCACUGCGGCGAGCGCGCGCCUGCUGCUCCGCCAAGACUCUACUGCGAAGGGUGCCCAUCCUGCAGUGGCUGCCUAACUACUCCCUCAGGAGCGGCUUGGCUGAUGUUAUUGCUGGUAUAACCGUAGGACUGACGGUGAUCCCUCAAGCCAUAGCAUACGCGGGCGUGGCCGGGCUGCCGCCGCAGUACGGGCUGUACUCCUCCUUCAUGGCUUGUUUCGUGUACACGGUAUUCGGCUCCGUGAAGGACUCAGCUAUAGGACCCACGGCCAUCGCCGCCAUCCUCACGAGGGAGAACCUGCACGGGCUGGGGCCGGAGUUCGCGGUGCUUCUGGCUUUCGUCUCGGGUUGUGUGGAGCUCAUCAUGGGAAUAUUGCAAUUAGGUUUUCUGAUAGACUUUAUAAGCGGGCCGGUGUCUGUGGGGUUCACGUCGGCAGCCGCCAUUAUUAUCGCCACAACGCAGAUUAAGGACAUACUUGGCCUCAGUUUUCCCGGCGGAAAGUUCCUGCAGGUAUGGACGGGCCUCUACGAGCACAUAGGAGAGACGAGGCUCUGGGACACCGUGCUCGGAGUCACCUGCAUCGUGGUGCUGCUGCUUCUCAGGAAAGUGAAAGACAUUAACGUGCUGAGUAAGGACGAGUCGUCGCUGUCGGCGCGGUCGCGGCGGCUGCGCGGCGCGGCGGCGCAGGCGCUCUGGUUCCUCUCCACCACGCGCAACAUCCUCGUCGUGCUCGUGUGCGCCGCGCUCGCCUACUACUUCGACACGAGGCAGCAGGCGCCCUUCAUACUCACGGGCGAGGUGAAGCCGGGUUUGCCGCAAAUUUCAGCGCCGCCAUUCUCAGCUACAGUGGGCAACCACACCUACACCUUCAUGGAGAUGGCUUCCACGCUCGGUUCCGCCAUAUUUGUUGUGCCGCUGCUCUCUAUCUUAGAGAACAUUGCUUUGGCUAAAGUGUUUUCGGAGGGCAAGUACGUAGAUGCUACGCAGGAGAUGUUGGCGCUGGGCGUGUGCAACAUCAUGUCGUCGCUGGUGGACAGCAUGCCGGUGUCGGGCGCCCUCUCCCGCGGUGCCGUCAACCACGCGUCCGGCGUCGCCUCCACCGCCGGCGGCCUCUACACCGGCGCGCUCGUGCUGCUCGCGCUACAGUACUUCACGCCAUACUUCUACUACAUUCCGAAGGCGUCGCUGGCGGCGGUGAUCAUCGCCGCCGUCGUUUUCAUGAUGGAGCUGCACGUCUUCAAACCCAUAUGGAAAACCAAGAAGUUGGACAUAAUCCCGGCGGUGGUGACGUUCGGCGCGUGCCUGAUGCUGCGGCUGGAGUUAGGCAUCGUGAUCGGUAUCGCUGUCAACUUGCUGUUCCUACUCUACGCUUCCGCCAGGCCUUCCGUUAAAGUCACUAAUGCUGUGUCGGAGUCGGGCGUGCGCUACCAGGUGGCGGCGGUGGACCGCGCGCUGGUGUUCCCGGCGGCGGCGUACGUGCGGCGCGCGCUGCGCAAGGCGGGCGCCAGCAGCCCCGCCGCGCCGCUCGUCGUCGACGCCUCGCACGUGCAGGCCGCCGACUACACCGCCGCAGAGGGUAUAAAGAGCCUGAUCGACGACUUCCACGCCCGCGGGCAGACCAUCAUCUUCUACAACGUGAAGCCGUCGGUGGCGGAGAUGUUCCGCGGCGUCAAGCCCAAGGAGUUCCUGCAUUGUUCCUGCCGCGCCGACCUGGACCGCCUGCUCCUGUUGGCGCAUCGGCGGGCAUUACCUAAUUCGCACUAGUGUGCGGCCGUCCGAAGAUCUCGUGAGUGCAGCAGACAGCAGUAUUGCUAGUAUACGUAUCGUAAUACCGUGUGUAGUUCUUAAGAGCCGUGGAGUGCGUGUGACGUGUUGAUCCACAUGAUGUGAUAAUAAACGUGUUACUUACUA